AUGGCAGCAGCAGAUUACUUCAGCGGUGGCCUCGCGCCCCCGCGGCCCUCUAUGGCCGCAUCGCAUCAACCCUCCUCAUCGUAUUUGACCCCACCUCUACCCCCGCAAAGGGCAUCGUCUCAGCCAAACGUUCAAUUCGCCUCCCCUCCUCCACAAUCAUAUCAGCCCUCCUCACCCUGGUCGCAAGGUCCACCCCCUCCUCCCUACGAACCCUUGAUCGAACAACACAAACCGUCUGUGCACUUUGCGCCGACCCCUUCGCCUUUCCACAACCAACACCGUCCAAACUCCUUCUCAGGAGGGCAGAGGCCCAAUCCCCAGUCGUGGGCUCCGGCAGCUUACGUGCAAAAUACACAAGCCCUCCAACCACAUCCUCAACAACAGCAAUAUUCGCCUCAGGGCUACCCGCCGCAGCAGGGGCAGGCAUAUCAAAACAACUACUCACAACCACCCCGUCCCAACGGGCCUGGGAAUACACACCUACGACCCUACGCACCCUCACAUCUCAACCCAGCCGCCGCCGCCGCCACCUCCGCCGUAGACCUCUCGUCCUCCUCCGGCUACAGCUCCGAUCCCGAAUACCGGCGACACAAGCACAAACACCGCCACGGGCACUCACACAACCACUCGCGCAGUCGCUCACGCGAGCGCUCACACAGUGAUGGACGAGGGCGCCGACGCACCUCCGAGACCAGCCGCAGCGCCAACGCCGACGGCUUCCUGGGCGCGGCUGGCGGCGGCCUGAUCGGCGACUUGAUCUUCCCCGGGCUCGGCACGGUGGGCGGCGCGCUGGCCGGGUGGAUUGGCGGAAAGGGUUAUGGCGAGCGAAGAAAGGGGCGCGAGGACCGCAGGGACAAAAACCAGUACGCGUGGGAGACACGGUUCGGCAAAGAGCACAGCAGGGAUUAUGAGAAGGAUGGACAUGGCUACGUCGAGAGGCGGCGCAGUUAUGAGGAUGAUCGGAGGAGGUCGGACAAGUACUGA